AUGACUCCCAGCGCCACGGAUCCAGCGAGACCCGUCCUCGACAUUGCCGGCAAGCGACUGGAGAGCGACCUUGACAAGCUGCACGACUGCGCGUGCAAGAACAGGGCGGCGCGUCGGGCGCAACAGAGCACCGACAACGGCAAGGAAGCCAACACCGAAGACCACGGUAAGGAAACCAACGCUACCAAGAAGCUAAAGCGAUACAAUGGUUUCGCCAUCGACAUCAACAAGGAGCCCCACCACGACGACAGCUACAUCGAAAGCCCUCCCGCCACCGCCGGUGGUAAGCGCUCGGUGCCACACCGGGCGGUUUCAUCGUUGGAGAUCCAGAAAAAGGAGCUUGAACUCGACGCCAGGAGGCUGAGGCUGGAGCAGAAGCGCGCGAAGUGGGCCAUUGCAAGCUGGAGGAAGGACAUGGAGCUGGAGAAGAUGCGGCUAGAGAACGAAAGGAUGAAACUGGCGAACAAGCAGCUGCAGGUGAAGAUCAAGCACAGGGCACUAGAGCUCGGCAUGGAACUGGAGAUGAUUUAG